CUCUUUCCGCCUCUUUCCGCAACUUUGUGGCCGGCUUGGUUGCGGAGCUCCGUUGCUCCCGGCAGGCAGCGAUGAUGGCGUGGAGAGGGGCGCGGGGCAGCGGGGGUUUCAUGGUCCGAGCAGUGUACGUGGGGCUCACCUGCGGUGUCCUGCUGGGGCUCUUCCUCUACCCUACAGACCUGCAAAGGCAGGAAGAGCAGGGAGACCUCCUCCAGCCCCUCUUGUUCCUCGCACUGGUUCUCUGCUCCAUGUCGCUGUACUUUGUUGUCUCUCUCAUGGACCCAGGAUACGUUGAGCAUGAUGAAGAGGAGAAGGAACCUGUAAGCGAUGAGAAGGAAGCAAUGAGCUCCCAGGAAACUCUAAACCUCCGGCUUCGGCGCUGUGGCUACUGUCUGUUGAAGCAGCCAAUGAGGGCCAGGCACUGCCAGGCGUGCCGGCACUGCGUCCGGCGCUAUGACCACCACUGCCCCUGGAUUUACAACUGCGUUGGGGAGAGGAAUCACCCAUUCUUCGUCGCCUAUUUGGCUGUUCAGCUUGUGGUUCUCCUGUGGGCCCUGCCAGUGGCCUGGUCUGGGCUUGAUUUUGAGCAUCCCUCAUGGGCAUGGUUUCAGUAUAACCUGCUCCUCCUCCUCUCCUUCCUUGUGGUUGCUGUUUUCACUGUCGUGAUGAUUCUGCUCCUGGGCUGCCACCUCUACCUUGCCUCCCACAACACCACCACCUGGGAGUUCAUGUCCCGUCACCGCAUCUCCUACCUGAGAGAUUGUGAAGUGGAAAACCCCUUCGACCGAGGAAUCUUCCUCAACCUCUGGCAGUUCUUCUGCACCUGCCGCCUCAUCGCCUGGGAAACCCUGUACCCCGAAGUGGGAGGCCACACUGUGUGACCGUGGGCUGGAUGAGAGCACCCAAUCCAGGACUAAGAGAGAGAGAGAGAGAGCUGUUGGCUGGGUGGAAGCAGAUGUUUGUGUAUUCUCCCAGCAGCUAUGGAACUGAGGGGAGAGGCUCACUUUUGCCAGUAGCUUUCCUACAUAUUUCAGCAAAAUAUGUAAAAAAACAGCCUUUCCCCAUAAGCCAAGACGGAGCUGUUCUGAGGUGUGACCUUUGAGAAAGUGAACCCCGCAGACCCUGCUUUCAGACCUUGCUGCUCAAAUUGCUUUUUGGGGAGAGAGAUGGGCAGGGGAGCUAGGAAGCCUGGUCCAUUUGGGAGAGUGGGCUGCUGCCCAGCCAGCCUCAGUCUGCCCCCCACGUGCCUUCCUUAAACCCCAGCAAGGAGUGGCCCUGCCUGUCCUUGGCUUUGGUUGCACUUAUCAUGGCUUCCCUGCCUUCUGCUCCAAUGGGCCCCAGCCACCACGGAUGGACCAAGAGGAGGAGGUCAUAUAUUGAAGACCUAAAGUCUUGUUGGGGUGGUACUUGGGGUUUUGUUUGGGGUGGGGCAGGGUGUGCCUUCUGUCAAGGCUGGGCUCACUCUUUUUUAAAACAAAGAGCUAUGUUCCCAGUAUUCCUCCAGCAUUUCACGGUGUGCCUUCAAGAAGUAGAUCUCAGGGACUAAAGCUUUGUUUAAUAAUUCUUGAGGUCCUCUUGGGAGCCUCUCCUCAGGAAAGGAGUUUAAACCUGUUUCUGCUUCUUCAAUAGGAGGGACAAUUUUUUACAUGCUCCAUUUCUACAUUCUGUUUCUGUAAUCCAAUAAAAUUUAACAUUAUUAAAAGCUUAAA